AUGGCUCACAUUUCGCCCAGCCCGGAAUAUCCUGUACCAUUCUUCAUAUACAUAGACAGUCAUCAUAUGACAUUGAGUGGAAAGAAGGAUGAUUCCUUGGGAAAUUUAUUUGGAUAUUUUUACGUCAGUAUAACAUGGCAUGCGAACACGUCAGCAAUAUAUUACGUCAUCGAUAAAGAUAAAUAUGGGGAAUAUAUAUCGGAAUUUCGUUCCUCACCACCAAAUGGAAAUUGGACGGGAAAUGUGGUAUAUGUAAGAAGUCAUGAGAUUUAUAAAGGUAAACAAUUGAUUUAGUGAUUAGUCCAUUGGUUGAUUAAAUGACUUAUUCAUGUUUCUGCUACACAAAUGGCCUUGAUUUGAUGGUUGGUCGGUCAUGGCUGAAAAGUUCGUUACCUAUGCAAAUAAAUUUAACAUCAGCUCCAUAUGAAUACACUGUAAGAUCCAAAGAGUCCUGAUCCCAGAACGAUUCUUUUGUGGUUGCUUGACUAUUUUGAAUUCAUAGUAUUGAUAAUAUUGAAGAACAUUGAUAUGUAAAUCUAUAUGUGAGUGGCAUGAUUGGUCAGUAGCGCCUGCAUUCUAAAAGCACAUCCACUCUCAAAGAGUGGAGGUUCAAGUGGAGGUUCAGUCUGAGCUUCUUUUGAGUAUCAGUGCUGUUUUUGAAUAGCUGGAGGGCUAGUUUCGUACCUUAUUAUGUGACUGACUCACCCUCCAGGUAUUCUAAAACAGCAUUGGCGCUCAAGGGAAGCUCAGAUUGAACCUCCACUCUUUGAGUAUGAGCGUGAGUGAACUUUUAGAAUAGAGGCGUAAGCCUCGGUAAUGAAAACGUUUUCACAAAUUAAAAAUGCUUAUUGCAAAUGUCACUGUAUAAUGUGAUGCAUGACAUUUGCAUAACAUGCACGACUAUAACUGAUCGAAUAGCUUCGAGGGGGUCAGAAUUUAAUUUUUUUUUUAUUGGAUUCAACGUGACAAGGUAAAAUAAAAAAAUUUCUAAAAAUUUCUAAAAAUUUGCGUUUUAUUGCCUAGUUUUUAAGUUAUCGGCAUACAAACAGCGGCGUAUAAAAAAGCGCGUAAGUUUGAGUGCCGAUAAUUUUAGAACUAAGCAAUAAAACGCAAAUCCCAGCGGUAAAUUUUUAGAAAACUUCUUAUUAACCUUGACACGUUGAAUCCAAUAAAAAAAUAAAAAAUCCAGCCCCCUCGAAGCUUUAUUUAAGAACCCAUAUUUUCUGUUCGCAUGUAUCUUUUUACCGGAAGUGGGCUUUCUGUUCUAGCAGGGAAACUACCAAUUAUGCAUUCUGAUUGGCUUAGAGCGAAAUUGUCAACAAAUGCGCUGAUUGAUCGAAAAGGAUCAAAUUUUGGACUAAAAAUGAAUUUAUUAAAAUGUUUUCCCGUCAAAGUUUCUGAAAGUGCAUCGUGCAAAGGGACUGUCUUGUGGAAGAUUGCAUCAAAAAUUUAGUGGGGGCUAUAAAUUCAGUUUUUGAGAUAUUACGCCAAAUUUGUUCCACAAAAAACUGUUUUAUAGAAUCUUUUGAAAAUUGAGUAUAAUUAUUGCAAUAAAUGACUAGGGCCGCGUUUAUACUAUACCGGAUUACUUUUCAUACCGGAUUAAUUUUUACUCCGAAGUAAAAAAACAAGGGUGUUUACACUAUGCCGCUUCCCUCUGUUGCCAGCUCAUGUCUUUCACUGUCGCCAUGGAAACAAGUAACCAAUAUACCAAUAUUUAUUAAAAACAAGAAGUAACACCCAUUUUCUUUGUAAAGUAUAACUUUGUUGCUUCGUUUCGCUCUAAUACGAAAUUGACGAGUAUUUAUUUAAAUUUUCUCUUUUGAAAGCGAAAAGUCAAUGUUACUAUCAUUUUAUUUAUUUGUAUUCGGCAGAAAUAGUAAAUGGUUGUAAGGCGAAACAAACAACGGCUAUAAAGCAUUGUAAAAGCGAGCAAAUAAAGGCGACAAUGUUAAAACAUACACGCCAAAACCGAUUUUGUACCGAAUCGUACCGGAUUAGCCUGUUUACACUUCUCCGGCAAAUACCGGAUUACUUUUCAUAUCACCUCCAAAGCGGAGUGAUUUUUGCUCCGCGUCGCGUACCGGAUUACUGUGGCGUAGUGUAAACAGCAGUCGAAUCCGGUAUGAAAAUCGCUACGCUCCGAUGCAAUCCCGUAUAGUGUAAACGGGGCCUAUAAUACUUCUAAAAUACAAAAUUCCAGAAAAGUUGACCGAUGGAGAAUAGUUGAUGCAGUACAAACCUUGCGCGGUCAAAUGAAAUUUUUGCUGACGUGAUAAAAUUUCAACUCGACAAGACACGUCAUUUCGUUACCAGACCCAUGCUUAAACAACUUUAAGGAGCCACCACGCUUCGAUUUUCCAUUUGACUAUUGCUUGUGACGACAUUAAUUGAAAUAGUAAUAUAUUCUCACUGCUCGCUUUCCCGCACAAUGCCUUUGACUGAGGGAAUUCAGAUUGGGGAUAAAUAAUUUUCAGCCAAAGGUAGAGUGCGGCGAAGCGAGGUCCGGAACUUCGCCGUCCUUCCUUUUCGGUGGCAAAUCCGCAAAUGCUCAAAAGAUACCGAUUCUGUGCUACUUUUAUACUGUCUGACAAUCACGUGGUGUACCGUAUAUGGAUGACUAACUGAUCAUCUCAUGCAUAAAUAUUCAGUAUAUGGUAUUGUGAAAGAAAACUGUCAGUGAGAAUAGCUGCAUAGUGAAGUGGAAAUUGAAUUUGUGUCGUGCAAGUUUGGUCUGAAAUCAGACUUAAAUAGAUAAAUGUGAUUACAAACUGCACUCCCGGUUCGCUGUCGUGAACUUUAUUUUGUAAUCACGCCUUGGAUUCAAGACCAAAUUGCACUUCACUCAGUUCAAUUGCCAUCAUUUAAUACUUUUAUUGGUUAAUUAAUUAACUUACUCCUUGAUGUUUUGAUUCAUUACUUCAUUAAUAUUUCAAUAAUGGAUUAUCAUUUUCCUGUGCACGUUUAAUUUUAGAUAACAGACAUUGCCCUCCUGGAUAUUUUGGAGUAGGAGAAAAAUGUCUUUGGUUUAUAUGCGAAAAAGAUACUUUCAGUGAAGCCAACGCAAGGUGCUCCAAAGACUUCGGUUCUUUAGCAUCGCUUCAUUCAAAUAGCAUGCACAUUGUUGGUGAAUAUUUAAACCGUAUUCAAGUCAAGAGUUUUGAAAUUACCCACAUUACAAUUGGAUUGUCGAGAAGGGAUCAGAAAUGGAUAUGGGCGGAUGGAAGGAUAUAUAAUGAUAGUAGGGAUAUAUUGGGAUAUUAUAACAAUAUCGCUCUCUUAACAUGGAAUGAAACGGGAAAGGAAUGGACACUUAUGGGUGCUAAUUCGGCAUUUUUAAACCUUCAUUUGUGCGAGAGGAGCAGACGUAAGUAGUACUAGUCUAUAUUGUAUUCGAGAGGUUCAGAUUUCCACUACUACUGUCGUUACGUUGCCACGAACCAAUCAGAUGUAUUUUAUCUACACAAUUAACCAAUCAAAUGUGUAUUGAGCCUGUGGGAGAUACGGGAGGUGGUUCGGGCAGUGAGUACACAACAUAAUUCCUGAGCAUUAAGAAGGAAACUAUGGGUGAAAUACUCUUUCAAUAGCUCCGCAUCGUGUAUCGUCCAAUAUCUUCAACAUAUUGAAUAAUAUUUAUGCUAAAAGUUCACUGGCUGCUGUAUAUUUUAGCUAAUAUGUGUUUUUAUAAAAUUGCCUCGUGUACCUAGCACUUUUAAAGUUCUAAUGAAUAAAUAAUAAGCCAGCAAAUAAUUAUAAAUUGACAUCGUUCGGAAUCUUUAGUACAUUUCAUUUCCUGUUUUAUUUCUUUACAGAAAAUCUUGCUUAUAACUCAUGGAGCGAACAGUCUGGCAUAAAAUUACAGUUGGCUUCACAACUAGCUGUUGAUGGAUUUUCUUACACUUGCAGUUUGACACAACUACCAGUAAAGGUUAAUAAGUCGUUUGACAGGAAAAACCUAUAACAAUAAUAUAAGUUAUAUAACACAAGUUUAGCAAGCACACGGAAGUUAAUAUAGCACGUGUUAGAUAAAUUCAAAACCAUGGGCAUGGUAUUAAGUACAGUACUGUAAGUAAUUCCAAACCCAAGUGGCUUUGAAUACAUCCAAACCAGGUAGUGAUGGACACAUCCAAAACCAAUAGGUAUUUUUACAUAUGUAAUAUGACGACCUUCGUAUAGUUGACCUCUUCAACUUCGUAAGCAAACUCGAACUUGGGAAAUCAAUUAGGCCUUUACAGGGCACCCCGCAUUUAUUCUCAAUGCGACGUCAUACUUACCAAAUUCCAGUCAAAUAUUGACGAAACCUGCGAAAGCCAGCCGGAUAAACGGCCUAGGUUCAGCUAGGUCUGGCUAAACUUCACGUGCAUCCUGUUUAAAUAAUUAUACCCAUCCUGGGCAGAUUCAAAAUCAAGUGGUAUUUUUGAACACAUGUAAAGUUAAACGGUGUAUUGAACACACAAAGUUCGAUGCCAAGUAGUUUUGGAUCUAAACUAAAUUUAACUAAACCAUAGGUUCUUAAUAAUGUGUAUUCUAUUAUUUGUUAUGCAGCGGUCUCAAUAUUCUUGGUGGAAAGUAAAAUUGGCAAAUGAAACAAAAAUCUAUAUGAUACAAGUUACACCUUCGCCCAGCGCAGUUAAAGAUUUAAAAGCUUUGGUGUCUGUGGGCUUACAUGAGGAUGGAAGUUCGCCGAACUGUAUGAAAGAAAUAUAUAUCGCGAACCUACAUAUACCAGUAAUAUGCGAGCCGCCGUUGCCCAAUCGCUACGUCAAAAUUGAAACAAGGGAUGAACGACUCAAACUUUGCGAAGUGCAAGUUUAUGGUGCUGGUAACUAAAUCAUAUGAUAUACUUUUCUUCACUGGUGAUUGUUACCUAAUUUCCAAUUAUGCAUGAGUCUAGGCUUCCCUAAAUGGUCCCAGAGGGAAAAUUUUCAUCAUGCAUUUCUUACUUACCAUCAUGUCUGCCAUUGAGGAUUGGUAUAGCAACCCCUUUCCAAUGCUGACCUUUUCUGGAAAACCACACUUGUCUUCGAUUGUUGCAGUUACGAACGUUGUUCUGAUUUGUUUCAAUUUAUGCUGAAAACAAAUUUUUUGUGUUCUUUCAUUGCAGAAUCGUACACGAAAAUCCAAGGAGUUAUGCGUACAUUUUGGGGAAAAUAUCGAGAUACCACAAAUAUUUUCCCAAUAUUAACAAGAGAAAAAAACUAUCCUGAUAAUCCAUUAUUUUUUAACCUUGGAUCAUCGUUCGUAUACAUGAAGACAUAUGUUAACCGCAUACGAGAAACAAGGGCCUUCUUUCUGGUAUGUUUUGCUCAAUAGCCUCUCCAAUUAGCACCUCACAACCUUCCGUCCUCCCAUAAUAAUACGGUAUACAAUAUGGAUACGACAACUCUCAUUUUUGAUCCAUAAUCUCCGUUUUGCCGUCGAGUUUCCUAAAACGUGUUGGGUGUCCCCGCCUCUAGGCACGCCCCUUUGGAAUUGCCGGGAAAUACCUGAUGAUGUUGAAAUACUGAACCACACCAACAACUGGAAUGGGAUGACUAUUUUUAAAAAUAUCUACCUCUGUGUUCUUACACGCACUGAAAGAUACAUACGUUUUUGAACGUCAACUUCGCCAGCCUUUCUACAUGAAUUUAAUCUAUUAUUCGAAGAAAUACCUUGUAGGAAAUAAACCUUUUUAGGACGAUAUUUUGCAAUUUUUGCAGGCUUCAAGCAGAAGUAAUUACACCUUCACUUUUCUUGGAAAUGUUGAAGCCAAGAUGCUGGUUACUGCAACAAGAUAUGCAACCAACAAUUUAAUGACACUUUUUCUAGAUAAAGAGAUAUCAAGGCAAGCGUCCUGUUAUUAAUUUUUGACCAAGAGACCUUAUAACCUUGUUUUAUUAAGGAAUUUACUGUAUUGUCUGCUAAAGACGCUCUCGGUAGAAAUCAGCUUCAGUGAUGGGGCUAGCGUGUUUUCUUGUAUUAAUUUCCACUUAGAUAAAGCAUAACCAACCAACCAACCAACCAACCAACCAACCAACCAACCAACCAACCAACCAACCAACCAACCAACCAACCAACCAACCAACCAACCAACCAACCAAGCUCAUAAAUAUCCAAAUUGACUAUUUUAGGUCCUCUAUGAGGAAAAAGUCAGCAUCUGUAAUAUUAGAGGCAUGCCAAUUUUAUUUUGUGAAGUUAGUAACGACAUAUUCUGAUUACACUGAUGAAUUAUUACUUGGCAUUGAAGAAGAAGGUGGUCUGUUCCAGAGCCCUAUUGACACCAAGAGACUAUUCUGGGCUUUACCAGGUACAGUAUCAAGUUAUUCUGUUGACAAUCCAGCCCCAUCAUUCACCGUCGUAUGUUAUAUCCCAUAACAUAUAAUUUCAUGUACACUACAUAGCGUACAAUAUCAAAACAUAUUAUUGCAUAUAAUUAUGUUAUUAUCUAUUUAAAGCAUCAGAUGAUUUCAGAUUAGCUAACAGUCAACUCAAAAAUCGUCAUAUUGACUCACUAGCUGACCUAAUAUGGAGUCUUGACGUAGUAUCCAAAAUAAUGAUGUCAUAAUAUUGAUAUGAAAAAGCUAUGAUCAGACGUCAGGCCAAUAGCGACUGCCGAAGAAGUGAGGAAUUGUCUCACUACACAAGUCGGUUCACACAACAGACUCAGUGGCGUAACAGAAACUCCUGAGGCUCCCCAUAAUUUUUUUUAAGUGGAUCCUAUCUUUUCCAAGAACAAUUGGCGAGCGGGGUGUGUGGGGGGUGUGGGGGUGGGGGGGGGGGGUGGAAGAAACAAAUUUUUUCGAACCAUAUUUCUUAAAUAAAAAGGGUAAAAAACAGUGAAAAAGGGUCACAAAAGUUUUUCCCCAUUCAAUUCCUGCGUUUAUGGGCCACCCGUUGCAAAUUUUCUGGCCCUGUAUAACUGAGGCUGGAGUCAGUUUGCUCACUAUACUAGCAAAAAUGUUAUGGUUAUUUUUGCCAUCACUGGACGCCCACACACCUCCCGGUUACGCCGCUGAACAGACUGCUGUUUCUUCUUUUAAAAAAAACCAUUAAGAAAUGUUGAAUUGUUUUGCGUGAUCACAGUUAAUAGACUGAGAUGGUUAGGAGAGUGGGCGGGGUUUACUAAUUAUGUUCGGUUUCCAGUUAUUUCCGUCACGUGAUCGGGAGAGUACACAUGGCGACAAAACACAAUAGAGUAUUGUAUUGCGGCGACUAGUUCUUUUCGAAAAGUCUUAACAAAAUCUUUCUGAAUUUGGGAAUUUUACAUUUUUAACCUCUGGCAUGCAAUGCCAGGUGCCAACUGCGCUUUGUAUGGCUGUGGAACAAGUCGAAGGAGUAAUCUUUCGCUGUUCAAAAUACCUUUUCCUGCUCGAGACGACGGAGACGAAACCGUAAAGUUGAAGUCUGAUGCUCGGAAAGAAUGGCUAAGAGUAAUUCUAAGGAUACGAGAAAACACGCCAGAGUUGAAAAAAAGAAUAAAUGAAAAUAAUAUAUUCUUAUGUGAGCUGCAUUUCAAACCCGAGUUGAUUUAUCAACGUAAGUAUCUCUUUAUUUUCUUUGUUUUUGCGCAAAUAUAUGGUAAUUAGACACUUGUCUACAUACAUACAUAAACAUUGAUCAUGGGUAAUGGCGUGCAACAAAUUUAUGUUUAUUUCGUUUGUAGAUGCCAAAAGAAAAACUUUGGAAACGGGUGCUGUUCCCACACAAAAUUUGCCGUCGAAAAGCCACGACUCGAAGCCAAGUAGCCGACGCUCUCUAGUACGAGAAAUUUCUGGCGAGACUCCUUCGACAUCUGCUUUGCCGCCUGUUGAUAUUGAAGGUAAAUCUGUAAAUGUUGUCAACGAAAGUUUUGAAGAGCUUGUUCCACGGGUGAAAGAAAGUAUAGCACUUCCAUGGGUUAUCAAAAAGUGCAACGACCUUGAAAUAAGGAUGGAACUUUGGGACAAUAACUAUUCGCUACCGAAGUUUGUUUUACACGUCGAUCAAUGUUUGCAAUUUUCCUUGCAUAUUUUUAACUGGCUACUGCCCGACGAACACAGUAUCUACACUGCUCAUCGACGUCGAAUCAUCUCUGCUGGAGUUGUUGAACUCUUGCAAUCUCUUCAAGACGAUGACUUCUUGAUAUGCGAAGGACUACACCAACACGCUGAAUACCUCACCACCAUUGCAAAAGAUCCUGAUGACCAAUCCCAUCCACUCCACCCAUCUGAUGUUGUACGGCAUUCUAUCCCAAAGAGUGUAGAAAUGGAUACAAAUUUUGGGGUUUUAGCUGUUUUUCGCUGUGUUACUUGUCAGGUUUUAGUUCGCAGACAAGACCAAGGUGACGUUAUCUGUGAACCAUGCAAACAACUACAAAGGAAAAUUGUAGCACAGCAAAAUCGCAGUACACGCCAAUCGAGUGCCCCUGCUAAGGAUAAAGCUCCCCUUACUCGUUGCAGUGCGGACAAGCUAAGAGCAACAGUAGUGGAAAGUCGCGUAAAGUGUUCUUUGCUCGAAGCGAAAGUGAAAAGCCUCCAAGUUCAAAUAAAAAAGGAUUCAAUCACAGUUAGUGAGACCCUUGAAAAGGAUGUGUUGACAAUCAUGGGUGGACAUAACUUAGAAAGCACACCACACAUGAAGUUCUUUUGGGAACAACAAGUCCGCCUGCGGCAAGCAAAUAAAUUUGGACGGAGAUUUCAUCCUCAAGUAAUUAGAUUUGCAUUGUCCAUUCAUUGCAAGUCUGCUUCUGCCUAUAGAGAGCUGAGAGACAGUGGUGCCCUCAUAUUGCCCAGUGAACGAGUUCUUCGGGACUACAGAAAUUAUUUCAAACCUGGAGCUGGCAUUACCAAAGAAAACGUUGAGGAGCUCAAAGAAAAAGCAUCGAAGUUUUCUGGGAUUCAUAAGUAUGUGGCAGUGAUCAUGGAUGAAAUGAAGAUCCAAGAGAACCUUGUGUUUGACAAGACGUCUGGUGAGCUGAUUGGCUUCAUAGAUCUUGGCGAUCCUUUAACCACCUUUGCCAAUACUGACGAAGAAACCCCAAUUGCAUCCCAUGCACUGGCAUUUUUGGUUAGGGGGCUUUGCACCAAUUUGAAGCAUGUAGUUGCCUACUACUUUACUGGCAAUGUUACAUCAUUUCAACUACUUCCUUUGUUUUGGAACCACAAAAAAGUGCUUGAAACCACAGUAAAGUUGUGGGUAAUUGCUGCUGUCAAUGAUGGUGCUUCCCCUAACCGGAAAUUCUUUGCACUCCAUGCCAAGCUUGGUGGCACACUACCCUGUGGUCUAGUGUACAAGACACCCAAUCUUUUCAUGCUGACUCGGAUGAUAUACUUCUUUGCUGAUGUACCUCAUCUUAUCAAAACCACUCGAAAUUGUCUCUACAAUUCAGGAUAUGGAUCACGUAGUCGGUAUGUAAAGUUUAAUAUAUUUGAAAUUGUUGUUCAUUAUUUGCAUGAAACUGGUCUGCUUUUAACUGUUUAUUUUAUGAUUGAGUUAGUUUUCUUUGGUGUACCACAGGAUGUGUACUAUAUAUAUUACCACAUACAGUAGCUGUCCUUGAAUACUUAUUACAGUAGUCAAGAAAUAAAGGGAAAAACCUUGUUAGGAAACCUCCUCAAUCAUGAAAUACAGUUAUAAAGCCUAUGUAAUUGAAUGUUGGGCUGUAUGCUAUAUAGAGAACACAAAGAUUCCGAGGGCUGUUUAGCAUUCAGCCCUUGUUCUCUGGCCUUAUCUCUUACUGUACAGUACCAUACUGUAUAGCUUCAUUUUAACCCAUUAAAUUGCAAAGCACUUUCAAUUGUGCCGGUGUGCCCUACUUUAAGUUUCUACUCUGACUAAUGGCACUUGUGGCUAAAUUGUGUCAAGAGGAGAGUCGUGCAUUGCAUUUUAAUGGGUUAGUUUCCUGUUCCCAUAGUUGCCCAAGUCCUAGAAUAUAUUUUUACCUUUAUAGGUACAUGUGGAACAAUGGCCAGUAUUUGCUGUUUAGGCAUAUUGCUGACAUGUUCCACAAUGAUCAGGAAUAUGCUUUACACCGACUGCCAAAGCUGACGUUGGACCACAUUUUGUUGACCGGCUAUUCAAAGAUGAAGGUGAAACUUGCUGUUCAAGUGCUGAGUAGAACCGUUUCAACCUGCCUGCUUGAGAGUGAUGAUCCAAGUGUUGUUGGCACAGCAAUGUUCUGUCAGAUGGUAAAUGACUUCUUCGAUUGUUCGAAUGUCAGGUCAUUGAAAGAGCAUCAACUGAAGCGAAAUGAUCGCAUCAAGCCUUAUGAGAGCCCCGAUGACGAGCGUCUGGUGUGGAUGAAGAAUACAUUUCUAAAGUAUCUGGAAGAUUGGAAAGAAAGUGUGGCCACGAGAAAAGGAUCCUAUACUACAGGUGAAAGAGAAAAGAUGUUUUUGUCCCGCCAGACCUAUGAAGGCUUCAAAAUUACAGUCCACUCCCACAUUGAAGCCAUAAAGUUUCUGCUUUCCAUAGGAUUUUCCUAUGUACUUUCAGAACGCUUUAUGCAAGACGUUCUUGAAGACUACUUUGGUCACCAAAGGACUCUAGGAGGAAGAUCAGAUAAUCCUUCAGCAGAACAAUUUCGAUACAAUGACCGAACCCUUGCUGCUCAAAGAGACAUUGCCCCAUCAGUGAGUGGCAACACAGGAGGACGGUAUGGCAAGGAUAAAUGGUACACUGUAAGUGAUGAGCCUUUAAAAAAGCGAAAGAAGAAGAAAUGA